AUGGGCGGACUCAAACAAUCGCAAUGGACACCGACCAAGAGACGAGGCCCGAUAGCUGCUGAAUUUUCCGGUCCCGGGCCAGCCGCAGUAGCUUUACCAACGCUCGUCGGUAAGUAGUCUUUCAUUUCUAUAUCCAUAGUAUUAUAUACUACCUAUGUGUAACACUAUAUUAGUACAAACAAUUCCUCUCGAUCGUGUCUGUUCAAAUACAUUUCAACCCAUUUUUACAGGAAACUUAGUACCCGAAUCUAAACGUGGACGUGCACCGGCCUUUAGUUUUGGAGCUAGGUAUGUGAUUUUGUUUAUCCGAUUACUUGUGUUGAGUUUAACGCCUAUAAAAUAAAGUUUAUUUAAAGAUAAACAAGCAAUGAUAAUAUAACCAAUUUAGAAAAUUAUAAAACUAUAGAGUUUGAAAAUAAACGUUAUUUUCAGACACAACGAAAAAAACGAUAGUGCUGGACCCGGACCCGGCCAGUACAACAUAACUGGAUUGAGCGCAAAAGGUUAGUUUAUUUUGUUUUUCUAUCAAUCAUUAUUGUCGAGUUAGUUUACAACGUUCGAUUUCAUUCACCAAUUCUCACGGUCUUCAGCAAGCCGAAAUCCUCGCAUUUUUUUUUUUUUUUUUCCAGUUGAAAUAUGUAUUUCUUGGUCUUUCUAGUAGUGUUUGUCCAUCAAUAGAACCUGCAAGUGUAACGCAAUAUUCUUCAUCGUGUCUUAGAACGUGUCCCAUCAUAUCCCACAUUUGGGUACUUAUUCAUUAUUUUUGUCGAAUGGAUACAUCGGCGAAACAGUUAAUCUAUACUUUUUAAUUUGUACCUAUAGUUAAAUUUUUAUGCAUAAUUAAUAUAUAAAUGAAAAAAACAAAAAUGAAUUAAAAUAAAAAUAAAUAAAUAUCAGGUCAGUGUUGUAUGCCAUACUUUUCAAAUACCUAUUUUAUUGAAGAUAUGUCAUAAUUUGAAAAUUAUUUCGCCUUUUUUAUAAAUUUUCUGUUUGGCUUACAGCAUCACCAACGUAUGUCACUUUUAGUUUAACUAGUCCGAUUUUCCUCUAUAAACUUUCAAACAUUUUCCAAAUGGACACAUUAUAACCACCUGCAACUUGCUAUUACGCCAGAUUUAAUCUAUGUAUGGCAAUUUAUUUCGUAGAGAUUCCGUAAUUACGAUUGCAAUUUUUGUGCCAGUCUUCAUCGGCAUCUCUAUGAAAUUAAAAAAAAAGUUAAGAUAAUGGGGACGGACAAGUCACGGGUAUAAAUGGGAAGUUGGAUAGAUAUGAUACAGACGGGAAUUUAAUGUAUAUCUGUAAACGAUAAAUCAUUGCUUACGAAAAAACGAUUCUGAGCGGAGUUCAGGUAAUAGUGAUACUUUGUCGACAAUAUAUAUGCCAUAAUAUAGUGAAAUAAUUAAAUAAGCUCUAUAUAUUUUCUUUAAUAAUAUUUGUUUAAUGCUGUACCGUUUUUCCCAGUUUUCCCAUGUUUUAUCCCGGUUUUUCACAUUUCCUGGUAACACUCAUGAGAAAAUCGAAAAAUGACCUCUCAACAAGUUCGUCAAAUGCUUUGACUGCAUUUUGAAGUGGCACAAAAGCCAAUGUUGCCAACAUUUUUGUUUUAAUUGCAAAUAAUUCAACAUCUGUUUAGUGUGUUGUCUGUAAACUUUCUUGUUUUUUAAAUUUGCAAGUAUUUAUUUGGUAGGUACUAUAUAAAUGUAAUAAAAUUGUUUGACUAAUCAAAAAUGCUUGAAAAUUUAAUGGGAAGUUUAUUUUAAGUCACGCUUAGUGGUAAAAAAUAAGUAGAAUAUUAUAUAGUUGUAAUUUUUUUUUUUUUAUAGUGGACUUAAGAACAAAUUUUGAUGAAAAUCGUAAAUAUUUUAUUGCCUUUCAAAUUAUGUAUAUACGAAUUUCGCUCAUAAUUGUUUUUCGUUAGCAACGGUUUAUUCGUUGCUUACAAAUAUAAAUUAACUAAAUGUAUGUAUCCUAUCUGUCCAACUUCUUCCCACUUACAUAAAACUUACAUAAAUAAAUGGCACACCCAUCGGUAAUAGGUGUUAGUUUUUUUUGCUAGCCAAUUUAAUAGAAAUGUUAGUUAAUUUUCCGAAAAAGUAUUAUGUUUGGCCUCUCUUGAAAAAUUGAAAUUUGGUUCCGAGCCGAGUUGGUAAUGUUUACGAACUUAUACUGGGUGAUUCAUUUAAGUGGGUACACUCAUUAUCUCGGAAAGUAUUAAUUUUUUCUGAUAUUUGUUUUCCAGAACAUUUAAGAAACAAUCAUACAAUUUUAUAUUCAUGUUAUUUUUUUUCACUCUUAUUUUUGAGGGUAAAACAAACCACUGCCUACUUUUGAUUUUCUAACGGCAACCUAUAUUUAAAAAUCCAUAAAUAUAUGGCGUAUUAGUUAAAAUCAGUUUUAGUGUAGACGUUUUUGAUUUCCAUUGAACCGUUGACGAGAUAUUCCACUUUUAAGUUUGGAUUGGAGGAGAGUAGUAGAGUGUCAUUUGUGUGACGGUACGGCGCUCGACGUGUUAUAAAUGCACCACUAUUCUUCUCCAAUCCAAAAUUAAAAGUGGAAUAUCUCAUCAACGGCUCGACAGAAAUAAACAAUUUCAACACUCAAAUUUAUUUUAACUAAUAGUCCAUCUAUUUGUGGAAUUUUUAAUAAAGGUUGUCAUUUGAAAAUCAAUAGUAGAUAGUGGUUUUACCCCCCAAAAUAGGGAUUACGAAAAAUAACAUAAAUAUAAAACUGUAUAGCUAAUUGUUUCUUAAAUGUUUUAGAAAACGAAUUCUAAAAAAUGUAAUACUUUCCGAGAUAAUGAGUGUACCCAUUUAAAUGAAUCGCCCGAUAUAAUAUAGGCUAUGAUAAUACUCAACGAUAUCGCAUAAAAACAACGUACGUACCUCCAUGACGCCAUAAUCGACUGGGUGCUGGUAAACUCCUACAAAAGUACCUAGGUAAUCUCCUAAAAAAUACAGUGUUAACCCCUAACUCUUAUACUAGAUAGUUGUAAAGUUAUAAAAAGUAAAAUAAGUUAUUUUAAAAUAGAUAAAAAAUCAAUCAUAAAUUACAAAAAUCAAAAUAUUAUAAUACGAUUUUUUUUUUCUAGUUAUUAAAAUAGGUAAAUUAAGUAAAUUAAUAAGUGCAAUGAAUUAAUACUAUUAGGGAGAUUACGCCAUAUAUUUUCGGCAGGUAAAAAAGGGACUAUGUAGGAGUUUGCACUGUGUUUUAAACAAAAAUAAAAAAGUAAUUUGUAUAGGAGUUUACAUGUAGCCAAUCGAUUUACCUACUUACAGGCAAAGACACACCGCCGGCCGCAACACUGCACUCGAGGCCUAAGGAUGCGCGGACCGACAACUUCCCGGCGCCGGGCGAUUACAACCCGGAGAAGUCUGAGAAGGUGAUGCACGAACACUCGCCCCAGUACACGUUCGGGUUGAAGACGCAGUUGGACAAGCCGAACCCGAACCCGGCGCCCAACGUGUACAACAUCCCGACCGUGAUGGGCGCCGCCAAGGAGGGACACUUUCGGGCCGCGCCGUCGUUCAGCAUCUCGGGCCGUACCAAGGAGUUCCCUGACGGCCGUCUCCUCAACCCCGGCCCCGGCGCCUACAACGACGUAAGCGCCGACAGCAUCAAGCCCAAAUCACCCGCGUUCACGGUCAGCGCCCGGUACACGAUGCCGGGCGACCAUUCCCCUAGGCCGGGACCGGGAGCCUAUUCUCCCGAAAAGGUUUGUUCGGCGACCUCUACGACUGGGACCCCGAUUAUUCCCGUACCUACCCAUUUAUAUACAAAAAUAUAUCAUUACAGUAGACAAAUAUGGACAAAAUAUGAUCCCAACAACAAUAUACAUUGCCAUUUAAUUGAAAACGAGUUGGGUGAGCGUAACUUUAUUGAUGGCGUAUAGGUGUACUUCGAGCAUCGUGCUUACCCGGGUAGAUGAAACUAAACUGAGCUACCAACUGGUUUCUAAACACGAUUCCAGGUGCUAAAGUAAUAUUACUAUGUAGGUACCUAAUCUAUAAUAUGACAAAUUUGAAUACAUAAAAUCCUUAUUAAUGAAUUGCAUAAUAUUGCUGUGAAAACCACAUCUAAAUCUGUUCAGUGGUACUCGAUAAUUGUCAUACAGACAGAGACAGUCAAGCGCUGGAGAUUUGUUUUUAUCAAUUUUUUAAUAUUACAAAAUAUACUUGGGAUAUCUUGUCUUAGCAAAAAGUUUCCAAACCUAAUCAAUAAUUUACCACUUGUCCACCCACCUAAAUUUGACGGUUUUAUUAGAUAUUUAAAAAAAGUUAACAAUAUUGGUAGUAGGAGACCAAAAUAGAGAUUUACAAAUACAAUCAUUGCGUGAUUUUAAGAAUUUAAAACAAUUUAUAACUAUAAAUAAGUUUAUAGCAACUAGUACCUAAUUAAAAAAAAUUAAUAAAAGAUUUAACUUUCAAUCUUCAAUGAGCCUAGCAAACAUUUGUAUGAAUUUCCCAACUUGUAUUAGGCAUUGAGUUAGAUUUUCAUGUCCAAAAAUUCAUCUAAAUGACUGAUUUUAACUACCUAUAAGGCAUAUAAAUCUAAUGGCAUCCCUGUUUAAUUUAACACACAAAGAAAUUGAUAAUAUUUAUAUUUCCAACAAAUAUUUAACAUCAUAAUCUAUUAGACACAAAAUCAGAAGUGAUCUUAAAACACUGGUUUUAUUAUAUACAUCACGGUUUUAAACGUUUUAGGUGACAAUGUUAAAAUCAUCUGUCCCAUCUUAUUCUUUUGGUAUAAGACAUUCUCAGUACGAAGGAAUAAUAUACGAACAAGAAUAGGUCAGUGUAUAAUAUUGUCUACUUUUCAAAGUAAUUUUUGUAAAAUGCACUUUGGGCAAUAUAAACGAUAUAAUAUAACCCUGGUACGCACUGCACAUUUUAACUAGAUCACCAUGGGUUUUAAAAAUGCACAAUAGGUUGCACAAUAAGUAGAGAGCACAAAUUAUAUUUGAUCACAAAUAUUGUUUACUAUAAAUUAAUAUAGAAUACUAUGAUAUUAAAUACAAUUGUAUAAGUACAUUUUCAUUAUUAUAUUUUAAAAAAUCAAUACAUUUUAACACGUCAAUCUGUUAAACGGACAAAAUUGUAAUAGGUUCAUGCAAAUAAAAUCAUUUUUGGAUUUUUAUAAAAUGAUACAUCAAUUUUAAAAUAUAUAAAACCUUAGCAGAUUGAUUGCAGAAUAAUCAUAAAAUGUUUACUUGUACGUGCGUAUAAAAAACCAUGGGCGCUAUGAGCCCUAAGAGCUUAACAAUAUUAUAUACAUGUAUGAAAUGAACAUAGUUUUUUCCUCAUGACUUAAUUUUUAAAUAGUUAUUUUGAAGUGUAAUUAGUUCCUAAUUUUUACAAGAAUUUUAAUAUAAUGUUUCAGGUUCAAAUUGAAACACAAGCACAUUCUUUUGGAAUCAAACAUUCACCAUAUUCUAAUUCUUUUGGCAUUGGUUACUAA